CCCAGGAUGGUACUGGCGAAUAUGGCCUUGGUCAUCUUCUUGGCCUUGAAGAACACUCCCUUGGCGUUCAUAGCGGCCUACUCCUACGAGCGACUCAAUUGUCUCCAUCAGAUCGCCGGUUACACCAUGUUCCUUGAGAUGGUCCUCCACGCCUCCACGUACACGGCCUACUUCAACAAUCUAGGUCGCCUCUCGGUCAUGUUCGCCGAGAGGCAGCAGAUCGCCGCUAUCGUGGCCGGCUUUUCAUUCUUGGGUGUCGUCUUUACAGCCACGUUCAUCAGGCGUGUUUGGUACGAACUUUUCUACGUCACGCACAUAUCUUGCUGGAUCGCGGCUGUCGUCGCGGUCGGCUUCCAUCAGCCGGGCCUCGCAAACAAAACGCUCAUAGUCGUCCUCAUCGCCGCCUCUAUGUGGUUCCUCGACCGCCUGGUCAGAGCCUCGAGAGUCUUGUACUACAGCGUCAACAACGAGGCAACCCUUCAUCCCCUUCCGGACGGAGGCACUAAGAUCGUCAUGAAGAAAGUACCGUCAAGGGCUGAGCCGGGGAAACACUGCUUCAUCUGGAUCCCUGCAAUCCGCAAGUUCGAGACGCACCCUUUUACCAUCCACAAAAGCUCGCCGGUGGAGUUCACGGUGAAAGCACGGAACGGCUUCACAAGCGACCUGCAUAAAUACGCAGUAGCCCACCCGGGCGCGGCGGUGAAGGCCUCGAUUGACGGACCGUAUGGCACUUUCCCGGACCCCUUGGACUUCGACAAGAUUGUGCUCAUUGCCGGGGGUGGGGGGGCCACCUUUACAUUCGGCCUGGCCAUAAACCUUUUGGAGAGGAUGAACGAGGACUGCCCCCGAAACGUUGUCUUUAUAUGGUCGGUCAGAGAGCAUGAACACCUUUCCUGGUUCAAAGAGCAGCUCGACUUCCUCAAGACCCACGCGCACUCGCCGAAAGUAAACGUUUCUCUCUACGUGACACGAGCUCCAUCGUCGACCUCGGAUCUCCCUAGCGACAGCGACAACCACGGCCACUCCACCCCGUCAGACUCCUCAGACGGCGCUGAAUGGCCACCGUUGUCACCAAUCGGCCCAGACCUAGAGAAGACCGCCUCCAAGGAGCCGGCCCCGGCGGUUCGCUGGCCACCCCUGACAGGGGGUGAUUCCGAAAAGGACACGGAGGGUGCCCUCGAGACGCAGGUUGAGCAUGGCGGCGCGUCGGGGAAAGGCACCGCGAAGACCGCCGACGUCGUUUCUCAUAGCUUCUAUGAGUAUGCUGUCAAAGCCGGCCGGCCAGAUGUGGCGUCACUCAUCCGCGAUGCGGUCAGGACCACGCCGCGGAACCAGCGUGUUCUUGUUGCGGCGUGUGGGCCGGACGGCCUGAUGCGUGUCGUUCGGGACACGACAGCGAAGCUGAUAGUGGGCGAUGGGCCGGCGGUGGAACUGCACUGUGAACAGUUCGGCUGGUAAAAUGGUGCUCGACUUGGCCUCGCUUCCCUUGUCUGUUGCCGCCCGCCAUGAGGGUAAUGAACGCGUUAUGGAUCUAACGGCAA